AUGGUUAGGGAGACUCGCCAUCUUUGGGUCGGAAACCUGCCGGACAAUAUACGCGAAGAGAAAAUACGCGAGCACUUCAAGAGGUAUGGACGCGUGCAAAGCGUUAAAAUACUGGCGAGAUCGAAGGAAGAGGUGGUGCUGGGCGCCAGUGGCGUGUGCGCCACCGUGUCGUUCAUGGACAUCAAGUCCGCCUCGAAAGCGCACAACGUGGAGCAAAAGUUGGACGACAGGUCCCUCAGCACCGAGUACCACGAGCCCGCUGCCAUACCGUCGGCCAGUCCGACCAUGCCGCCACACCUGUAUCCGGCCCCCACCAGGCCGUACAUCCACGGGUCUCCCCUAGAGGAACUCAGCAGCUUUGAACGUUCUAGUCAUUUUUACGAUCGUGAACGAGAGGCUAGCUACCGCGGACGACCGACCGCCUCCAGCUACCACGUUGUAUCGCCGAUUCAAGGAUCGCCCGACCCGCUCCGAACUCGACCUCGUGAGAGGACCGUCUUCAGGGCGUACCCACACGAAAGUGUUGUAACUUCUAGCAGAGGUCACCAUCGUGUAGGUAGCUGGGCUUAUGAAGCCAACAACCCUGCAAGGUUCAAUCACCACCUAGGUAGUUGUAGUUCACCGGACACAUACCCGGAAGAUAGACGGGUGGAAACACCUUUAAUUAUCGUCCGGAAUAAACAACUACUAAAACCCCCUAGUGAGUCUAGGGGUUGUAGUGAGGAUCGUUCUGGUUCACCCUCGAGCUCUAGUUCGGCUGCAAGCCAUUCAGGGGCAAGUAGUUCGUGUAGUUCGUCUUCAUCACCUAGCCCUACACCACAGCUGCCACGCAGCCCUAGUCCAGGCCCCGCAUUAUCCGACAAGUCUUCUUCAAGCCAUAGCCUUCAUGGUAGCUCGAAGAGCAGUACGGUUCCGUCCCACACCAUUUGUGCACAGUCACCAAACUUAGAAAGUCAAUCAUCUCUUUCACUUGAACAACAGAGGCAUAAUGCAAUCUGUAUAAAAAAUCUACCUUUGAGAUCCAGUGAUACCAGUCUUAAAGAUGGUCUGUAUCAUGAAUACAAACGACACGGCAAAGUGACGUGUGUCAAAGUGGUGGGCCAAGGGUGCGAAAGGUACGCCUUGGUGUUCUUUAAAAAGACUGAAGAUGUUGAUAAAGCAUUGCAAGUGUCUCACGACAAGUCGUUUUUUGGUUCCAAAAUUGAAGUUUCUUCAUACCAGGGACAUAAAGAUGUGGACGACAAUGAAAGCAGGCCGAUUGAAACUGAUGUGGAUGAGUUUCAUUCAAAAGCAACCAGAACUCUCUUCAUCGGUAACUUAAACAGCAAUACAAUAGCUGCCGAUUUGAGGAAAAAUUUUGAAACAUUUGGCGAAAUUAUUGAAAUUGAUAUUAAAAAGGGGAAUAACAUCAAUGGAAGUACAACAGGCACAUAUGCAUUUGUCCAGUAUAUUGAUAUAUCCAGUGUUGUAAAAGCUAUGCGUACAAUGGAUGGCGAAUUUCUGGCAGGAAGUCGUAUAAAUUUAGGUUUUGGAAAAUCACUGGCAACUACAUGUGUUUGGAUUGACGGCGUUGCUGAAUCUGUCAGUGAAAAAUAUCUGGCAUCUCAUUUUAAUCAGUUUGGUAGUGUUACUCACUGUGUAAUUGACCGAACGAGGGAACACGCUUUGGUAUUUUUUCAACAGAUUGCACAUGCACAGUUAGCUGUUACACAAAUGCGUGGUUCCAUUAUGAAAGGUCGAAAACUUCAAGUUGAUUUUGCAUCUAGAGAGUGUCAACAAGGAUUCUAUGAACACUUAGAUAAAACAUCUAGUGAAUCUAGUCCUAGGUUCACCACCAGCCAACAACACGAUAGUACUGCACAAUUAUCACCCAGCAGUACAAAUGGUGUUGCUAUUCGAGGUUUUGAAACUCCAUCAUCUUCUUGUAGUAGUGCUGCUGGGGACAAAAGUUACCCAAGGAAUCCUGAUGAACCUCGUAGUAGUUCAAUUUCUGUUCCUAACCCUCAAGACAUGCAUAACUUGCAAAAGGAACGUGUCUCUCUUCUAGAACAACUUGAGGACUGCAACAGUUCUGGUGAUGAACUUCUGAAUGAUUCGUCUAAAGCGCAGCAAGUUAAAAGCCGCUCGGGCACACCUCUAUGUAAUGAACGCCCCCCAGAGAGUCUCACACCUCCGACUCAAGUUCCUAGAUCUCAUGUACCGAUCUCGUUGCCGUUGCCCAGAUUUGCUGUGCACGUCUCUAAUCCCCUGCUCAGCCCACCUCUAAGCUCCCCUAGGAGACCUCAAUCAUCUAACUCUGAUGAUUCUCAAGCCUCCGACCCUGGUGCUCCAGGUCUUGAAGAGAGAUUAAGAAGCCUCGAUGAAAAAUAUGAACAAUGGAGUGGCUCUAGAACAAGUGUACUAAAACUUGAUACUUCAGUUCGUCUUCGUUCAAGAUACAAGUUGUUAGAUACUGUUGAUAAACUAGAACCUUCAGAUAUUGUUAAGUCAGUACUUGCAAAACCAAGUGUUUUUGAUGAAGAUACUAAAAGACUUGAAAAUUUUUCUGAUAAAUAUAUACCUAAAGAGUUUGUACCAUCUCGAACGAGCCCUAAUUUACAAAACUUCAGACACCAACAAUUAGGUUCGUUUUCACCACUAACUCCAUCAAGUAGUGGUUCAUCUAAAUCUCCUCCAGCUUCUUCUCCGGCAGCUGUUAAAACUCAAUAUUCUUUUCCAAGUCAUCCUCAGCCUAUAACAAUCCCACAAAGUUGCAGAACUUCGCCAUCAGACCCUCGAUUGCCACCUACUGAUCCCAGGUUGUUAAUUGACCCAAGAUUAGCUGUUGCUGAUCCUAGAUUAUCAGCUGAUUCAAGAGGAUCGUUUCUGACUAAGCAAAAUAUUUGCACUAUAAACGAUAAUAGGUAUGUUCCUGAUAUACUUAAUACUAAGGAUCCUCGACAUCCUAUACAUAAAGAUGCAGAAAUAAAAGAUGGCCCUGAAGCAUUUUAUAGAAGUAAAAUUCGAGAUGAGUAUACCAAAAAUUGGUUGCAUACGUUUGAUCGAAAAGAUAAUGAGCCAACUUAUAGGUUAGUUGACACAUUUGAUCGUCGAAGGUUUAGUGACUUCAGAAAAGAAGAAGAAGAAAAGUUAAAAGUUGAACAAAUAAAUAAACAAAAACUUUUAGAUGGAUUUGUUGUAAAACGAAAAUGUUCUAAUGAUACCGUAGUACAUCCUAGUCCAUACUUUGUCAGUGUUCAAGAAAAACAAAAAAAUAUUGAAGAUCUUAAAAAGCUUACCGAACAUAAAAAAGUUGAAGAAAUCACAAAACGUGAAGAACGUAUUGAAAUAAAAAAAGUAACUGAAGAAAUCAAACCUCCAGAACCACCUCCAACAAUAAAUAAUAUUGAUGAAGAUAAGAUAGACUUCAUUACCAAUGAGAAUACUAUCGCUAAUAUUCUACUUUCUUCUAUUGAAAAUUUGCAUAGGAAGACUGAAAUAGAAGAAACUAGAAAUAAAGUCGAAAGAACAAAUUCAAAUGAAUCUGUUAAUAAACUUUCAGAUACUGAGAAAAAGAAGGAAGUUAUUAUUGAAUCAAUAAAAAAGAAGGAACACGAAAGGAAGAAAUCUAUUGAUUUUGACCAUACUAAAAUCAAAGAAAAGAAAGACCAUGAAACUAAAAAGGUCUUGGGUUCUAAAUCUAAAGAAUGUGAAAGCAGCAAAAGUAAAGAACUUGAGUUUAAUAUGUUUGAAAUUAACCGAAUCAAUAAUAAGAAAAAAGAAGACCUUUUGAUAAAUGGUAAAACAAAAGAUGUUGAAAAGAAAAAAGAUGUGAUCAAGUUUGACAAAAAACCAGAAACCAAAAAAGAAGAUAAGAAAAAAGAUUUUGUUAAAGAAACUGAUAAAAAGGAUGAUGUUGACAAAAUAAAAGAGAAAAAGAAAGAUAAACGUGAUAAAGAUCCACCUAAACACAAAGAAAGAAAAAAGAGUUUAGAUGAAAAUAAUAAGCAUAAACAUGAAAACAUAAGUAAGAGAUCAAAAGAACAUUAUAAAUGUAAAGAAGAAGAAAAAUUACAUCAAAUUGUCACUUCUGAUUUUGAUGCAAAAUUUAAUGAUGAUAAAGAUAACAAAAAAGACAAACGCGUAGAUAGAAACAGCAUCAGUAGUAACAGUUCUACAGGACGUUCAUCUAAAAGGAGAAUGAGUGAUAGCUCAGAAAAUCUUGAUGAUUCUAAAAGAUCAAAAAUAGAUACUAAAAAUUCCAAAGAAAAAAAUCAUAAGAAAACUAAUGAAAAACAUAUAUCAUUCAUAUCAAAAAUUUUGGAUGGUAAAAACAAAGAACAGAAAAAAGAUCAUCACGAAAAGAAGGUGGAUAAGAAGAAAGAAGAGAGGAAAGUUAUCAAAACUCCGAAUGAAUCAGAAUCAGAAGACGAUGAUGAAGAUGAAGAAGCUAGAGAAAGAAGAAAAAAUCAUUCUAUAUUUGAAGUUGUAUUAGAUGAGCCAUAUGUUUCAAUGUAUGAUAAAGUAAAAGCCAGAUCUACCAAAAAUAUGCAAAAACAAGAAGAAGAGAAACGCCAAGAAAAGCUUAAGGAAAAGUUUAGUCAGUUAAAGCAAAGUAGAGCAAAAAGAGAAGAAAAGAAGAGAUCUACAUCGUAUGACGGAGAUUCAGAUUCUGAUCGAGGUCUACGACGUUCAUCUAAAUUACUCAUUACCAGCUCAGAUGACGAUGAUGACUAUUUUCGGCGGAAAAAUCAAAGACCUGUUUCUGAUUCAUCAGAAAACGAUCGACCAAAAGUUCAACGAACUGUAUCAGACUCUUAUGAAAGUAAUAAAGUUAAAACUCAAAGAGGAUCUGAUACUUAUGACAAUGACAGAUUAAAAAAUGUGAGAGUUGUAUCAGAUUCUUCAGAAAAUGAAAAAUUCAAACAAUUAUCCAAAUUUAAGUCUAGAAUACAAUCUGAAUGUAGCGAUAGUGAUGAUCAUUUUGUUCGGAAAAGUUCAUUUACUUUUGAUCGAAUACAAAAUGAUGUUCAAGGAUUUAAUGGACACCAAAAGAAAAAGAAACAGAAGAAACAAAAAAGUGAAUAUUCAAGAAAAUCAAUUGAUAUCAAUGGAUUAGAUAAUAACCAUAGGCCAAUCAAGGAUAAAAAGAAAAAACAUUCAAUUAGUCAUAAAUCUAAUAUUAAUGAAAGAAUGCAAGAUAUUUUUGGAUCCUUAUCAGAUGAGGAUAAUGAAAAAACAAUUGUAAACAAAUGGAGUGUAUCUGAUGUUUUUGGAACUGAUUCUGAUACAGAGCAUGAACGUAAAGAAAAUAAACCAAAAAUGGAAAUUAAAAAAUUCAAUGAAUUUGGUAAAGAUGUAUUAAAAUCACUGUCACACAAUGUUGAUGAAUUAGCUCGAAAGAAAAAGAAACGUAAAAAGGACAAAGAAAGAAACAAAGAAGAUCGAAGGGAAGAUCGCAAAGAAGAACGGAGGGAUGACCGUAAAGAAGAACGGAGGGAUGAUCGUAAAGAAGAACGAAGGGAUGACCGUAAAGAAGAAAGAAGGGAAUGUAGGGAAGACCGAAGGGAAUGUCAUCUUGAUCGAAAAGAAGAACGUAGAGAUGAUAGAAAAGAAGAACUAAGAAAAGAUGAACCUCGAAGAGAAGAUCGAAAAGAUGAACCUAGAAAAGAAGAUCGAAAAGAUGAACCAAGAAAAGAAGAUCGAAAAGAUGAACCUCGAAGAGAAGACCGAAAAGAUGAACCAAGAAGGGAUGAUCGAAAAGAUGAUCGUAAAGAAGAACAGCGGAAAGAAGAUCGAAAAGAUGAUCUCAAAGAAGAACAGCAAAGAGAAGACCGUAAGGACGAAAAGAAAGAGGAACGAAAAAUAGAAAUCAAAGAAGAACGGAAAGAAGAAAUUAAAAAUGAUAAAAAAGAAUUAAAGAGUGACAGGUUAGUAAAUAUAACGCACGAAGAAAGAAAAGUACCUAAAGAAAUAAAAAGUGACAAAUUGGUAAAUAUAACACAUGAUGAAAGAAAAGUGCCAAAAGAAGUAAAAACCGAAAGAUUAGUAAACACGCCACAAGAGGAAAGAAAAGUACCUAGAGAACCAAAACAUUAUGAAGAAAUAAAAGUAAUGGAUAAUCUUCAAAGUAUAAUUGAAUCUAAGAAGAAGCCAAAAGAAUUCAUUGCUAAUAAUGUCAAUACAAUUACUCCAAAUAGAGAUGUAUUUUCUUCAUUUUUUGAUUUUGAUGACUCAAAAGGCCCUGAAGAUGAAACAAUUACUAUAUUCAAAGGGGAUGAUGAUACCGUUAAGACUGAAGUUAUGUUUAGAAAAGUAGAUGAGAAAAAAGAACUAUUAUUUAGACCCAUCAAUACGUUUGAACCUAUUAAAAGAGAAAUCAUUGGUUUUGGAUCUCAAAUGGAUGAUGAAACUGCUGUAAAAAGUAUUUCUGAAACACCUGAACCCUUAGUAGAAGAAUCUAAUCCUGUAGAAAUGGCAUCUCCUGAAGAAAAACCAACUCCUGUUAUUUCUCAAGAAGAAACCGAAGGAGCUGUUGCAGCAUUACUUGAAGCGGCAUUUGGUCAAGAUUUUUGUGACUCUUCAUACUCUGAUAGGUCUGCAAAACCUGACACUCCAAUAUCAGAUAGUGAACUUCGGAUCGAUACAGAUGAUGAAGAUAGUACAGAUUCAAUAAUUGAUGAAUGUAAGAAUGACAUAUCAGAUGCUUCAGAAAAUACAACUACUCUGAGUAAAACCGAUGAUGAAAUCAUAAAACCAGAUAAAACAGAGACGGUUGUUUGUACUGAAAAAAUAAUAGAAUCUGAUAAACCCCCAGAAGACGAUCCAAAGUCUGUAGUAGAAAAACCUAAACUUUCAGAACUCCAACAAGAAUUACCAACACCUGAACCUUCGGACACAAAACCGCAGUCACCUUUAAGUCAUAACUUUAGAUUACCCCAAAUGGUCAUUCAACAAACUAGUAUAAGAUCAUUGAAUAUUAAUUAUGCUAAACCAUUAACAGAGGUAAAACCACCCAUAAUACCAUCUCCAGAAAUCCCAGAGAUAAUCGUUGAAAGCAUUUCAAAACCUGAAGUUAAGACUGAAGAUCAUGUUUCUGUUGUAAAAUUUUCUACUUCUCAAAUACCAACAGUCAUUUGUCAAGAACAGUCUGUUAUAUCAUGUGCACCAAUAUCAUUACCCAAACCAGAAUUUAGUCAAACAUCUGUCUUACAACACACCAAAGAUACUCAAAUUGUUCAAAGUUGUAUAGUUUCACCUCCAAUUAUUUUACCUGAAAUUAAAAAACCUAACUUGGAUUCCAAAACAGAAGAAAUAGUAGAACAAGAAGUGGUUGUCGAUGAACCAAAACUCACUGAAGAAUUGCCAUCUAAUCAAGCAGCCACAAUAACGUUUGCAAAAAAGUCAAUAAUUCAUGAUGAAAAAUUAGAAUCUAAAGAAAUUUCAACUUCAGUUAUACAACACGAAGAAUCUGUUUAUCCUGUUGUUGUACCUGUUGAAACUGAAGACAAAUCAAUGCCUAAACAUCCAAAAGCUAAAGGUCUAGAACGCAUUGUUGAACAAAUAAAUGAAAAAAUAAGAGCUAAAGCUAGUGAAACUGCAUUAAAUUUGACAAAAGAACCUAUAAUGAUGCCAUUAAAAAAGGCUUUGAUUGCAAAAGACAAGGAUGACAAUAGGUCCGAUUGUAAAGUAGAUGUUAUAGAAGUUAAUAAAUCUAAGACAGUUGAAAUGGAAUCGCCUGAAGAUUUAGUUGUGGCCCCAUUGACUCCAAAAAUUGAAGAUAAAACUGAAGUUUUUGCCAGUCCUGGUGAAAGUAGUUGUGAACCCAAAGAAUUGGAUACAGCUAGAAUUAAGAAAGAUGACGAUUUCACAAAAGAUAUGUCAAAAACUGUUGAUCGAGAUUGUUCAGUUAGAGGAAGACGAAGAGGUGGUAGAGGACGUGGAACUCGUGGAGCUCCUACUAUAGUGACACCAAGAAGAACUCGGCAAAAUAUUGUAACACCGAAUAUGCCUCCACAAAAUACUUUAACUGACAUUUAUGAGUUUACGGAUGAGGAUGAAAAAGUCGGCCAAAAGUAUAGCAAAUCCCCAGAACCUCCUGUAACAAGUGUAGUCCCAAAUAUUUCAUCAUCUCCGCCGACUGGUGCUUUGGUAGUAAGCACAUCUCCAUUGACCAGAAAAUCUAGAAGACUACAGGAAAAAGAUGGAAGUAAGAGUACCUUAGAAGAGACAAUCGAUGAAGUUGCUCGUGGUCCUUGUACUCGACGCACUACACGUUCAAAGCCCCAAGCAAUACCUUUACUAAGUUUAGAAACAUCUCCUCGAAAAACUAAACAAAUUAAUGGGAAAAAAUUAAAAGCUGAGUCUCCCCAACCAGUGUCCAAACCAGAAACUAUUGAAACUCCAUUGUCUAAUGAUCAAGAUGAUGAUAAAAUUCCAGUGUCAAUAUCUUUGUUAUCAACGUCUUCUUCGUCUUCAACUACCUCAGAAACAACCACAUUAAUUGAUCCAGUUACUGGCUUACUUAUUCCAAUGCAAGAAUCUGAAGAAGGUCAAUAUGUGCCUAUAGAUGAUGGAGAUAAUAAUAGGAAUAAUAUUUCACUAUCAGAUGAACCACCCGAGAAGAGAGCUCGCCUUGAGAAAGCACCUGUUACAUCUAUGGCAAUUUCCAAAAAUAGUACUACUAUUCCAGCUUUGGCUGUUACGCCAAAUAAUAUCCUUCCAGCAACUACCACAACAUAUGCAGUUACCCCUGGAAUGUCCAAUGUGGCUAAGACACCUUGUGUUAUGACAACUGCUAACUCUGCACCUGUUGGACUUGUUAAACCUAACAUUACAGCUUCUGUGAUAGCUCCAACAAAUAUUGUGAAGUCUACUGCCGUCAUGUCUCCUUCUCCACCACCUCUUAAGACACAACCAAACGUUCUGAAUAAAGCAUCUAAUCCUGUAAUUAGUCAGCAGCCAAUAUGCAAAACUUCAAUUCCAAUUUCUACAAUGCCACCACCAAUAAAAUCUCAUUUAACUGCCGUUAGUCGUACUCCUCCGUUACCUAAAUUAUUAUCACCCAAAGGACACAUCGUCCAAGCAUAUACAUCACAGUCAAUGGAAGCGGUUAAUCAGAAUGCUGUAUUGCACCCUCCUCCAACAACUCAACCUUCACAACCUUUGUUGGUAAACACUCCAAGUGUUAUGAGUCCACCAUUAAGAGGAGUUUUAAACUCACCAUCAAGAAGUGUGUUAAGCCCCUCUUCAAGAGGGUUAUUGAGUCCGCCUUCAAGAGCUGUUGUACCCCCAUCAUCUCAGCCUACUCCAUCUGUACACAGUUCAUCAGCCGUACCUGAUAUUAUUUGUCCAAAAGGAUUUGAUCCUUCAAAAAUGGAGAAUUCAAGGUGCAUCGUUAUGAGGAGUCCGUCACCACUUGUGUUGUCAGGCCAACCAAUGUCAUUUGAAGCAGGUAUUGACUCCGCUCCUAUGAAUAUGGUUCCAGCUCAUCAUUUCUUACAUCCGCAACUUAUUUAUCCGCAUUACAUCAGGGAUUCAAUGGGAGCCUUUAUUCCGCCUAGAAACAUUAAAGUAGUACCAGAAAUUGAAGAAAAUAUUCCGCCAUUAGAAUUGCGCAAAAGGCUUCCCGAUGAAUGUAUUACGGACAGGCUGCAACAUAAUAUUGGUGGAACCCAGCAAUAUAUGAACGUACAGCAAGUUGCUCAUCCAAUUGGUAGCCUUCCGUAUGGACAAGUUGUACCAAUUAACUAUGGUUAUCGACCCAUUAAUUCCAUAUUAAAGAACUAUCCUAUUUACUGGCAAGGAACAUUAGCACUCAAGAAUGAUAAAGCACUUGUGGAAAUGCAUUAUUUGUUUGGGAAUGCGGCCGUAGCUGAACAUUCACUGCAGCGUAAUAUUGACGGUGAACUUAAGUUAUCCCAACGUAUGCGAUUAGAACAAACGCAAUUAGAUGGUGUUUCACGCAAGAUGCAGAUUGAAGAUGAAUGUUGUGUGUUAAUUGCUGUGCCAAUUGGUAUGAGUGAAGAAGAAUGGAAUCAACAGAGUUGCACAUUGCAUAAUGGUUUUAUAACAUACUUACAACAAAAACAAGCUGCGGGAAUUAUCAAUAUCACUGCACCUGGAAGCACUCAGAAUGCCUACAUAGUGCACAUGUUCCCGCCUUGUGAUUAUAUAAAUAGCGUCCUAGCUACAGUUCACCCUGCAAUGGUGAAACAAAUAGCAUCUAUGGCCCAUCUAAUUAUUGUCAUAGCCACCGUGUAAAUAUUCUAUAAUGAGUACAAAUUUCAUAUUUCUUCUAGCGCAUUAGGUGCACAAAGUAUAUAUAUUAUAUAGUUAAUGAUAAAAUUCAUUAAAUAAACCUAAUGGUAAUUGUUAACAGUUUUUAUUAUUAUUACGAUUAUUAUUAAUUAUUAUUAUUAUUAUUAUUAUUAUUAUUUUUUUUUUUACGCAUUAACAAUUUGUUAUUGGAAUAUAAUGCUAAUGAUUUCAAAUUGGUUACCAUAAUUUAAGAAGUUUUCAUAUUUAAAUUAAGAAAAUGUAAAGAUGAAUAAUCACUGUACAAAUUUAGGAGUGAAAAAAAAUUGUUUUUUAUUUAAAAAUUUUUGUUAUUUAUUUUUCAAAAAUUCUAACUUUUUUUUAUCUCAAUUUUUUUAUUAUUAUUUUUAUUAUUUAUUUGUAGUCAAUAAGCUGUAGACUUAAAAUAUUUACUUUAAUGUAGACAUAUUGUUGAUAUAAUUUAAACAGCCAAAUGUUAAUUAAUACGUGUUUAUCGUAAUUAAAUGAAUAAUUUUAAAUUUGACAGUAUUAUUUGGUAAAAUGUUUUAUGUACUUAUGUAAAA